UUCACACCACACCAGAUCUUUAGCUGUGCUCUGUCUCUCACUCAUUUUGCCACCUAAUUACAGCCACUCUCUCUCUCUCUCUCUCUCCACAAAAAAAAGGCAAGAACUCCUUUCUCCUCCUCUGGUCCAAACCAUGGCUCUUAUUUCGUAGUUCUUAGAGAGUGAGGGAGAGAGAAAAUAUGCACUUUCUCAUCCAUGUGACAGUACUUGAACGUUUUGUUCAUUACUAUUAUUAUUAACAGAAACCAUCAACCAAUAAGCUUCCCAUUUAUAAGCCAAACUGUUUCCAUCGAAUCUAGAGGGGUUGAAGAGCUUUCGGAGAUGACAACGUUCAGUGUUCCACCACGACUGUCGAUGUGGGGCGGUUCAACUUCGGAAUUUGAAUCUGGACCUGCAAUAUCUAUGUCUUCUGGGAAGCUAAGGUUUCUGACUAUGGUGGGGGAAGAUAAAUGUAAUGCGAUUGGGUUGGACCGGACGAGUAAGAGUAGGAGGAAGCUUUGUCGUGGACCCCAUGUGGGUUCGAGGUUUUUGAGGUCAAUCAAGGCAAUGGAGGAUUGUGCUUCAAUUUCUGGAAGAAAUCUCCACCAGAUGUCAACCAUUGGGAAUUCGACAAACAUUACAUGGCACAAAAGUUCAGUGGAGAAACUUGACAGGCAAGAAUUACUUCAGCAGAAAGGCUGUGUCGUAUGGAUUACUGGUCUUAGUGGUUCAGGUAAAAGCACAUUGGCAUGUGCUCUGAGUCAUGGCCUGCACUCGAGAGGAAAGUUUACCUACGUUCUUGACGGUGACAAUGUUCGACAUGGUCUAAACAGUGAUCUUAGUUUUAAAUCAGAAGAUCGUACAGAAAACAUAAGACGUAUUGGCGAGGUAGCAAAGUUGUUUGCAGAUGCUGGAAUCAUUUGCAUUGCUAGUUUAAUAUCUCCAUACAGAAAAGAACGAGAUGCCUGUCGUGCACUAUUGUCAGAAGGAGAUUUCAUUGAGGUGUACUUGGAUGUGCCACUUCAAGUGUGUGAAAGUAGGGACCCAAAGGGUCUUUACAAGCUUGCACGCGCAGGAAAGAUAAAAGGUUUUACAGGGAUUGAUGAUCCAUAUGAACCACCAUUAAAUUGUGAGAUAGUCUUGAAACAGAAGGCAGAGGACAUUGUUUCUCCAUGUGAAAUGGCAAAAACAGUAAUAUCUUACUUAGAGGAGAAAGGAUAUCUGCAGGCCUGAGAGUCAAACAACAAGAAGGUGCCUGUACCUGGUUUCCAAAGCUGUUUUAACAUGUCAUGUGAAUUGCUUCCUCCCCAGGAUAGGAAAUUCCUCGUUUCCUACCAUUUGUGGUUCCGGUAAUUAAUCAAUCGAUUAAUUUGUUUUUAUCAUUGUAAGUCAGUUUGUGCUGUGGUUAGUGGCUUCAUAUUUUAGAUUAGUAAUGCAUCCCAACUACCUAAUAACACUCAUAUGGCAAGAGGGAUUUCAUCCCAUUUCAUUUGCCAUAUAAAAAGUUGGGAAACAAUAUUUUAUUCUAGCAAACAAAUAAAAGGAGCCAAGGGGAAGUUGGCUUUUGUUCUAUUGUGAAUUAUUUCAUUUAAUAAAUGAAUUCUAGUAUAUGAGUGAA